AUGGCUGUUGAGUACUGCCAUGUAGCUGCUAGGCAGAAUCCACUCCCUGAAAAAGUUACUCUUAACCUCAAAUGGCAACCACCAAAGGCUGGGACCCUAAAGCUUAACAUUGAUGGAGUUGCUUAUGCUACAACUAGGCAGGGGGGUAUAGGGAGUGUCUUUAGGAACAAUAGCGGGGACUGGGUUAUGAGCUACAUGAAAUGUUUAUCUAACACAAUUGGUAUUACAAGUGAGUUUCAAGCUCUUUGGCAGGGCUUAAGAAUUACUAUUGAUCAUAUGCUCUCUCCAAUUGUGAUUGAUACAGACUUCACUAAGCUGGGGAAUCCAGCCAUAGGACAUAGCUACGGGGAGCAAAACCAAGUGGCGGACCUCCUCACGAAGGAAGGAGCAAAAAAUGAAAGCUUUGAAAAAACUCAAUUUUUGGCAGUUCCUCCGGUGUUCGCUAACGAUGCAGUGUGGGCAGACAUCUUAGGAACUAGUUUUAGGAGAAAAAUCAAUAUUUGCAAUAUUGAUACACUUACUGGUAUUGCGUCUACUCAAGGGAACUCUGAUUCCCAUACUAAUAAAGUAAUUUUGCAGCACUUUUAA